AUGGCAGCCUCAGAUCCCUUCCAGCAGCAGUCGCCAAUCAAGAUCCGGCUUCCUCAUCCUUACCUCACCACCUACUUCCUUGAGCGUACCGACGCCGAGAAGCAGUCGUUCCGGCUUCGCAAGGCCGACUCGCCCGAGGAUGGCACCCCGUUUCCCCAGGCCUUGCACGCAGAAGGCCUAGUCUUUGCCAGUGUGCCGCCUGCAGAAUCUGAUAAGAUCCCCGAAUCUGAUAAUCGCGCCUGGGCGAGGGCACGCCGCAGCCCUGUGUGGUCAUUGACCUGGGAGGACGGUCACGAGGCCGCCACUCUUGCCCAGACCUGGAUGUUCUUCUACACCUUUUUUACACACACUUUUGAUGUAGAGCAGUUCCGUCUCCGCCUCGGCGGCUCCGGCGCUGAGGACCUCGCCAAGGCUCUGAUCCAGUCCAUGGUGGCGAUUGAUAUCCCCGAGCCCCCCAGUGUGCCUGUGCCGGCUCCUCGCCAGGAGGUCGAGGUGCUCGUCCUCCGAAGCGCCUUCUGGCAGGGGUGCGCAUCACCUCUUGGUCAGCAGCCCAUCUGGCUUCCCACCUGGAACUCGGCCAAGGUGGUUCCUCACGUCGAGUACGUGAUGACCCCGACGUCCGAGUCCACCCUGCUCCGGCACCCGCGCCGAGUGCCCAAGCCGGAGCGCGGCAGCCUCAUCUACAGCCGGUACAUCCCGUCGCUGGAUGAGCACUUCAACCUCGUGGCGCUCGACUACCUCAACCCAGAGCACCUGGGCCUGUUUAACAAGUGGCAGAAUGACCCCCGUGUGGCGGCGGGCUGGAUGGAGACGGGCACACUGGAGCAGCACCGAGCGUACCUCCGGGCGAUCCAAGAGGACCCCCAUCAGUUUGCUGUGCUGGGCUUCUUCAACGACACACCGUUUGCCUACUUUGAGCUGUACUGGGCCAAGGAGGACAAGAUGGGCCAGCACUACGCGUGCCUCGACUUUGACCGAGGCAGGCACUCGCUCGUGGGAGAUGCCACAUUCCGUGGCCAGCACCGCGUCAUGGCCUGGUGGCCCAGCGUGAUGCACUACGAGUUCCUCGACGACCACCGCACCGAAAACGUUGUCGGAGAGCCGCGUCUGUCGAGCGAAAAGGUGCUCAUGUACGAGAUGAUCUUUGGUCUUCACCAGGACAAGUGGAUGGACCUGCCCCAUAAGAGGUCCAACCUGGUCAAGUGCUCGAGGGAGCGCUUCUUCCAGCUGUGCCCCUUUAACCAGGGCAAGCCUCGCGUGGCGGGUACCACCUUUGGCUUUGAGCCGAAGCUGUAG